AUGACCACCAAAACUCGAUCCCACGAUGAUUACACGGUUGGAUGGAUCUGCGCCCUUCCCCUGGAGAUGGCUGCAGCCAAGCUGAUGUUAGAUGAACUCCAUCCGCAACUGUCACAACCUCAUCAAGAUACCAACACGUACGUACUGGGGAAGGUUGCAAAUUAUAAUGUGGCAGUCGCAUGCCUUCCAUCCGGUAUCUACGGAACCACCUCCGCAGCAAUUGUGGCGAAACAGAUGCUGUUCACCUUUCAUUCCAUCCAGUUCGGACUGAUGGUGGGUAUUGGCGGCGGGGUUCCGCUUUUGGCUGAUAUUCGCCUCGGCGAUAUUGUGGUCAGUCAGCCCAGCGGCUGCCUACCCGGUGUUGUGCAGUAUGACUCCGGCAAAACAGGAGAAUCGGGACGCCUGCAACGCACUGGAACGAGAAACCUGCCUCCUCAAGAGCUUUUAACCGCCAUGUCGCACGUGGAGUCGAAUCGCAUGACUGGGAAAUCUCAGCUUCAGGAUCUUAUCUCUAAAACCAGGACACGCUCUUCAACGCAUCCUAUCGUCAUGACCCAUCUUACCCUGACUGCUCAAGCUGUGAUCGAAGCCAGAUAG